AUGGUGAACCAUGUCGAAUAUGAUCCGAAUUUUCGGACGCACAAGCACAUCGACAAAUUCGCUGCUCGUGGAAUGCUUGUUGACAUUCAGCGAGAUGCAGCGAAAAAAGAAACAGAAUGGGAAAUGCGUCGAGCUCAGCGCCGCGAGUACGAAAAAGACAUGCCCAGGGACAAUGAUUACUUCCGAAAAAUGUACAUGGAUCGAGAAGAAAUUGCCGAACCUGAGAUCACCCGAUGGGUGGAUCGUGUCAAAAAACCUGGAGAUGCUUUUAUGAAAGCCGCUGCUUCAGCCGCGCGUCGGGAAAAGCGAGCGAUCUACAGUUCGCUGCAGCGGGAGCAUGAGGAAGCUCAAGCUGGAACUGAACCGGGAGCGAAGUACAGAGAUCGAGCGGCGGAGAGAAGGGAUGGAAACAGCUCCGAGAGCUUCAACGAAUUCCAGAAUAAAUUCACUUCGACAUUUUCCAGCGCUGCAGACAAGAAACAACAGCUGAUUGAGCAGUCAAAGUUCCUCGGUGGUGAUUUGGCGCAUACCCAUUUAGUCAAAGGUCUCGAUUACGCUCUUCUCCAAAAGAUCCGCGCCGAACAAAGCCGAAAAGACGAAGAUGAAGCUGCCAUUGAAGAAGCUCUGCAAGAGCAAAAAGCGAAGUCUGACAGACGUCUUGGAGAUAAGGAAGAUUUGAUGGCUAUUCGUCAUCCGAUGGCGAAGAAGAUCAAUCAUGUGUUGUUUGAAAACUCGAAGCCGAAGAAUAUUGAUAACUUCCUUGAAGGAAGAAUGGCGUAUGUUUUCGAACUUGACGAAGAAUACGCCGAAUCGGAUAUUCCAACAACGCUGCUCCGAUCAAAAGCUGAAUGUCCUGAUAUGUCCGACACAUUGUCCAAGACCUCCAACGAUGCUGUGAUCAUCAAGCUGACGCAGAUUCUGAACUACAUCCGAACUGGAACGAAAAAGAAGAAGACUAAGAAGCUCGACUACGAUUUGGACAAAGUAGAGCCAGAGUCUAAGGUUGAUGUGAAGACCGAGAAACCAGCUGAUGAUUUUAAAAUUUUCAGCGAUGAGGAUGAGGAAAUGCCAAAAAGUGACGAUGAAUCAAAAAAGAAAAAGAAAAAAUCGUCCCGUCGUCGAUCCCGCUCGCGCUCCAGAGAUCGACGAGAUCGUCGGGAUAGAAAACGUUCUCGAUCGAGAGAUCGUUCAAAGCGCACGUCAAAGGAUAAACGCAGAAGACGAUCGAGAUCAAGAAGCAACAGCCCACUUUUGUCCAACAAGCCCAAAUACUUUGACAACAUCGAAAAGGACGAGCAGGUCGAUGCACCUGUCUCCCUCAAAGACAUCACCAAACUCGCUGGCGCUUACGACAAGAAAAAGACCAAAGUCGAUCGAACUGGGAAAGACGGAGUUUCUUUUGGUGACCAAGUUCCUGACUCGUAUGCUGAGUGCUAUCCUUCGAUGCAGUACGAGGUCUCAGGGGUGACAAUGGACUCCGACGAGGAAACGGACAUUACAAAAAUGGAUGUUGGAAAGAGUACUAAAGGCCCAAUGACCAGAUUCGACUUCGAAGACGAAGAAAAAUACGGCGAUUACAUGGCCAAACGAGAAGCCCUACCAAAAGCUGCGUUCCAGUACGGCCAGAAAAACGUCGAUAGGGGCAAGCUAGGCAAGAACCGAGGCAACAAAAAUGAAAAGCAGAAGCUCGACCAAGACUUUCAAAAGAUCAACAAUAUCCUCAAGAAGCGUCAAUCUGAUGCGGCUUCAGGAAAAGAAGUUCAUCGACCGAAAUACUGA